ACUUGUAUAUAAUGGCAACUCUACCUCAAUUUGCAUCAUCAGCUACGUCAACACCAAGAUCAGUUUUACUACAAAUAGAAGAUCAAUACAAUAAACGUAUUGAUGAUGAUAUUGCUAAGCUUGUCGAUUGUUUUACAGAUAUUGUUAAAGUGGGAGAAGUACGUAAACAUCGUUAAUAGUCAAAAUUCAUCUGCAAGACUAAUUUCUUUUCUUUUUUUUUUUUUUUUUUUUUUU